CUCCUCCAACAUUGAAGUCGGAAAGAUGGUCGCUUGAUGAUACUCUGAUACUCUCAUGGUUGAUUGCAGCGACUACUACAGAUGUGAAAAGGACUGCAUGCUGUGGUCAUUAUCUAUGAUCGAUCUCUCCCCUUCCAGAGUUUCAUAGCAUGCGUGAUGAUAUGAUUGAUCCGAUUGCGCGUCCGCCUGCAUUACCGAUUCGUCUGCUUUAGUAUACGAAUACCAGAAAAUAAUACCGGAGAUAUAUCGAUAAUUCGACGAGAUUAUUGUUAGGAUAACAUGUCUUGCGCUGAGUGAGGAUAAGAUGGUGUAUAAUGGGAAGCCUAGUACUGGCUGUUACUUGUGUCGGCGGCGGAAGAUCAAGUGCGAUGAGACACGACCCGGCUGUCGCAAUUGCGAGAUCUACGGUAAAGAAUGCCCGGGAUACCGCCCGGCCAUCGUUUUCCAAGACGACAGCAGCAAUAAUAAUAGCAGUGUGAGCCAGACUAGAAAAUGGAAAUCCCUCACUCGCGAUCGACGGUUCAGUGAAGCGCUUUCACCUUCGACCUGCCAUGGCUCCGAUGACUACGCCCUGGUGCCGAAACCGCGCUGGCUGGCGGAAGCGAGCAUGGAAGACCGCGCGCUGUGUUAUUUCUUUGAUCAGUACACCAUCCCCGAAACACCGACGGGUGCGCCCGGCGUGUUAGAGUCAAUUCCGCCGUUAUAUGUUCUGUGUCGCGAGAAUCAGGUUGCAGGCCAUCCAGAGUCGUGUCUGCGAUGGGCCGUGGAAGCGGCUGCUCUAAGCUCAUUUGCGCAUGAGGCGAGUGAUCAUAGUUUAGCGCUCAAGGCGAGAGAGAAGUAUGGCAUGGCGUUGUAUAGUCUUAAAACGACGCUGGAGGAGUCAGUGGAAAAGGUGCAGGAUGGGACUCUGGCGGCGAUUCUGCUGCUGGUUCUUUUUGAGGAUAUUAACGGCGAGAGAACGACGCUGCAGAGCUCGCAUACCGCUGGUUUGGAGCUAUUUGCGCAGCUGCAUAAGCAUCGCAGGCUGGAUGGGAAGUAUAGUCGAUGUUUAUUCAAUUUCGCCUAUACACAGUUGCAAAUCCAAAUUUUAGGGCUAGGAGGCCGGCCGCGGUUCGAUCUACAGUCCUUGAUUGAACUAUUUGACUCGUCGGACCCAUUGCAGAGCCUGAUGGGCACAGUCACCAAACUCAGCCAACUCAUCCUCAAUGCCCCGUCGCUCCUCACCAGCCCGCCCCCAGACUCCCCGGUCCUCAGCACCGAGGAACUCUUCCACUACAUCGCAUACGCGCGAUCCCUCGACACUGAGCUGAGCCACUGGUGUCGCAAUGUGCCGGAGCAGUGGCUGCCGCGCAUCGUCUACUCGACGACGGGCGAGUCCAUCAUCACAUACGCCAGUAUAUCUACCGGUUCAUUAUGGAAUUUCUACCGCUCGGCGCGCAUAAUCCUACAAGGCGUGAUCGAUAAUAUCAGCGUCAAACUCGAAAUGCUCGGCGAAUCGGCGCCAGUGCCGAUUGACGAAGACUUGGCCAUGACCGACGACACUUCCCCUGCAACCAUCACGACAGCAACAACAUCGACGACGGAAAGCACACCGUACGACAUCGUCCAGAAUAUGAUCGUCGAUAUAUGCCGAAGCAUACCAUUCACGCUCGGCGAUGUCGAUUCGAGCGGGAACCCCAUCACCAAUACCAACACCAACACUAUGCACUACGAUAUCGACCAGAACGGAAAAGGCGGCUCCCGCCUCAGAGCGAUCGAGGGGUAUGAGCUUCUCUGGCCGUUUUGGCAUAUCUUGACCUGCCAUUUCUCGACGGCUAAGCAGCAGAGACAGGCUAAGGCGGCGCUGGCCAGGCUGGAUGCCGAGUUGGGGAUCAAGCUGGCGUCCAAGUUGAUGGCAUAUGCGGAUUGAUUUUACGAUAUGCAGGUAGUACAUGUAAUAGCUUCAAAUGCUAGCUUGAUGUAUAUUAUUUAUUGUGUGCUGCAUAUAUAUUUACUAUCAUAAUAGUGUUGACCGCGAACAGCGAUAAGGUGACGUCACCACUGAUUGGCUGUCGGAUGCUUCGGCUUGCUGUGGUGCAUCCAGAUCGCUUGUCGAUUGGCUGUGGGUGUAAGG